AUGACCCUGGGCCCCAGGAUGACUAUGCAUACAGUAUUACAGAAGGAGAACACUCAGAAAUUCACCGUACAAGUAGCAAGAGUAGACCUUAAGAUGUUAAUAGACUCCGGGGCAAACAGUAACAUUAUUGACGAGGGGACAUGGGAACAGCUAAAGGCGAUGGGAGUGAAAUGUGAAUCACAAGCUGCUACCUCAGACAAGAAUCUGUACCCAUAUGCGUCUAGUCAGCCACUGCCGGUUAAGAGUAGUUUUAAGUGUACCGUGAGUGUUCGUGAUAAAUCCACCAAAACUGAGCUCUUGGUAAUAAAGAUAGAGGGAUAUCACCGCUUGGAAAGAUAA